CUACUCCUCCUCACUCCUCCACUCCUCUUUCUUCAUUCACAGACAGAGCUCGAGGCAGAAAUCGCUGUCCUCCUUGAAUGGACUCCAUCUCUCCGAGCCAGACACUCUCUCACUGCUGCUGUGGACAGACACUGAAGAUCAAAGCUGAUCACUUUGGUUUAUUCCUCUGCAUUUUUUUUCCUUGGGUGGUUGCUGAGAAAAGUUGACUGGUGUGACUUUUUUGUGUCGCCAUGAACUUCUGUCGGAAUUAAGGCGCUUCCAGUGUGGCUGUGUGGUGUUGUAAACAACUGAUGGGCAAAAACUGAAUCCAAGAAGACUUGUGAAAGAGAACAACUCCUUACAGUGAGAGAAAGACUCUCUAGGCUCUCAAGGAUUUAGAGGGUGGUGAGUGUUGUGGGUGUGGGUCAGCCAGAUACACCGUCGGGGUGGUAGACAGGUAGAAAGCUGCAGGGAGGUGCAUCAGAUUUAAAAAUUGCCCAUCAGUUUCCUCCUUCUCUCCCCUGGACCAUGAUGGGUUCAGACGUACGUGAUUUGAACUCCCUGUUGCCCCCGGUUCCAGCAGGCCCCAGCCCCAGCUGCCCGCCGCUGCCUGUCAGCACCGCCCCACAGUGGGCUCCUGUCUUGGACUUCCACACCGCCGCUUCCCCUUACUCCUCUCUGGCUGCUCCCCACACAUCUUUGGGGCCACACUCCUUCAUCAAACAGGAGCCCAGCUGGGGGGCCACUGGUGACCCUCACCACCAUGACACUGACCCUCACUGUGGCCUCAGUGCCUUCACCGUCCACUUCUCAGGACAGUUUACAGGCACAGGGGCCUGUAGGUAUGGGCCAACAUUUGGGGCACCCCCACCACCUGCCCCCAGCCAGCCACCAUCUGUGACCACACCGCACCACCACCAGCCCCCCAGCAGGAUGUUCAGCAACACGCCGUACCUGACCAGCUGCAUGGACACACAGCAGGUGGCCCGCAACCAGACAGGUUACAGCACGGUUGCGUUCGAUGGAGCCGGUAAUUACGGUCACACUCCUACGCACCACAGCUCACAGUUCUCCAACCACUCCUUCAAACAUGAAGAUGCUUUAACUCAGCAGAACACUAUGGGUGAGCAGCAGUAUCCCGUACCUCCUCCUGUCUAUGGAUGUCACACGCCCUCAGACAGCUGUACAGGCAGCCAGGCCUUGUUGCUGAGAAACCCAUACAACAGCGGAGACAAUUUAUAUCAAAUGACCUCUCAGUUGGACUGUGUGGCAUGGAACCCUGUCAAUACACUGGCAUCCACCAUAAAGAGUCAUGCAGCAGGCUACGAGAGUGACCCCAGCACCCCCAUGGUGUACAGCUGCAGCACGCAGUACCGCAUACACACACAUGGAGUCUUCAGGGGUAUACAGGAUAUUAGGCGGGUGCCCAGCAUUGCUCCAGCUAUCAUGCGGUCAGAAAGCAGCGAGAAGCGUCCAUUCAUGUGUGCCUACCCAGGAUGCAACAAACGCUACUUCAAGCUGUCUCAUCUGCAGAUGCACAGUCGCAAACACACAGGGGAGAAACCCUAUCAGUGUGAGUUCACAGACUGUGGCCGGAGGUUUUCUCGCUCUGACCAGCUCAAGAGACACCAGAGGAGACACACAGGAGUUAAACCCUUCCAAUGUGAGACGUGUCAGAGAAAGUUCUCUCGGUCUGACCACCUUAAGACACACACCCGGACUCAUACAGGUAAAACAAGUGAGAAGCCGUUUAACUGCCGGUGGCCCAACUGUCAGAAGAAGUUUGCCCGGAGCGACGAGUUGGUGCGACACCACAACAUGCACCAGAGGAACCUCACCAAGCUGCAGCUGGCCAUCUGAGCCUGUGUCCAGCCCAUAUCUCAGUUUUAAAUGUAAACAUCUGGAUCACAUCUGUCUGUAUUUUUUGUCUUUGGUUAAUUCAGUCCCAGUUCUACCAUUUGCACCAGCAAAACCAGUCUCUCUUAGGGUCCACUGGAGUCCUAAUGGGUCUCUUUAAAAAAUGAAUGGAAAGUGUAUAUAAUAUUGAGAUAACACAAUCUGCACUCUGAGACAAAAUGAAACUGUCUAUAAGUCAUAAAGAAUUCCGAUAUCUGUGGGUUAAACCACAAAUCCCAUGAAAGAACCAACAAAGUGUGAAAAGCACAGUGCCCUCAUUCACUUAAAUAUGAUCACAGUGUUGAAAGACUGUGGGCUCCAGCCAAAAAAACAAACGAACACACACACACACACACAAAAAAAACUGCAGUUUGUCUCCUGCUAAAAAUUUGAAACUGGCUCAACUUGUGUUGCAACACAAGACAACAUUAUUUGGUAAAGUGUUGUGUUGGCCAGUCAGAUAUCAGAAAGUACAGGUUCCUGGUAGAUAACUCUGUAUUUCUGCUGUUUGCCUCACAGUCAUGAUUAAAUAAGUAAGAAAUUUCAUCCAUCCAUUAUCUAUACUGCUUAGUCCCGAAUGAGGUCACUGGAGCCAGUCAUAGCCGACUUCAGGCGGGAGGCCAGGUACACCCUAGACAGGAUGCCCGUUUAUCACAGGGCCGACACACAGACAAACAACCACACACACUCACUCCUAUGGGCAAUUUAAAGACACCAUGUCUUUGGAUUG